AUGUACGUCGGACCGGGAUUUCCGAUCCCCACUCUCUUUGAGCUCGCAAAGCGAGUUUGUAUUCGACAUAUCAACGUGAUCGAUGAUAUCGGAGAUUUACCCUAUAGUAUCGUCAAACCGAUCCUUAUGCGAGUCGAAUGCCCUGACAAACUGAAAACUAUUGAAGAAAACUGCUCUCAAUUAGUCCCCGAAAUCAACGAACUCUGGCAACUCUUCAUCCUCCGCGAUAUCGGGGAAUCUACACUCCACAGGUUCCUAAAUCCCUUAGAGUCUGGAGACUCACCCGAAGCCCGAGAAAUCAUAAACAACACGGAUUGGUCGUCUUUAUAUUUCAACCUACGAGAAGAAAAACUUGCUAAAGAAAAAGAGCAAGUCGAUGAAUUGAAAAAGGCUAUGAAGAAACACAAUGAGCAGAAAGAAAAGCGACAGAUUGGGUUUGCGAAUGUUAGGAGUGAGGAUAUCGGAAAGUUGAGGAUGUUGGAUAAAGGAAGAAGUUUUUCGGGAGUUAUGAGCGGGAGGGUUGGGAAAGAUCCCGCGAGCAAGGUCUUUAGAAACGCGGCGUUGAAUAAAGCGUUAAUCAAACCUGGGAAGGGAAGGUUUAGAUAA